CAAAUGAACAGACGAGGCGGGAAACGGGUGAGCGCGCGAAGAGAGACAGCGCAACCACAGCCACAAGUUUAUCCGUGUAAGAUACACCAUGUCCGAGUAUUCAGACACCGAGUAGUAUUUUGUUAUGCGUAAAAGUUAUUUUCCCUUCAGCAGCCUAUGCUCCGAGAAUGCGCCCGGGUGUAUGAGAAUGUUUUUUUAACCAUCGUGCAAGCGCAAAUGUUGUUCACUAUCUCUAUCUCACUCAUUCACUCUCCACCUCUCCCCAGCCCAUCACUCUCCACCUCUCCCCAGCCCAUCACUCUCCAUCUCUCCUCAGUCCAUCACUCUCCACCUCUCCUCAGCCCAUCACUCGCCAUCUCUCCCCAGCCCAAUGCUCAUACCCUGGCUGAACAAGCGCCUAAUCUCUAGCCGCCAGUGAAGGCUCGAGGGUCGUCGGAUUCCUGUGAACGAAAGGAUGCGGUGCCGCAAGUUUUUUGGACAAGGUUUGGUUGGGAUCUAUCUAUGGAUGGCGGUCCUUUUAAAAGGGUCCCUACAGGGGGAGCACCAGCGCAGACUGUACAAGGAGCUGAUGGCCAACUACAAUCGUCUGGAGAGACCAGUGAUCAACGACUCCUCUCCUCUUCUGGUGGAGCUGGGAAUGACUCUGCUGCAGAUCAUAGACGUGGAUGAGAAGAACCAGGUCUUGAUGACCAAUGCAUGGCUACAGCUGUACUGGACUGAUGUGUACCUGAGCUGGAACCCAGAGAAAUACCCUGGGGUUCAGAACCUACGUUUCCCCUCCAGCCAGAUCUGGACCCCUGACAUCCUCCUCUACAACAGUGCUGAUGAAAGGUUUGAUGCUACCUUCCACACUAACGUGCUGGUGAAUGCGUCAGGUUACUGCCAGUACAUCCCCCCGGGCAUCCUGAAGAGUACCUGCUAUAUUGACGUGCGCUGGUUCCCCUUCGACGUCCAGAAGUGUGACCUGAAGUUUGGCUCUUGGACCCACAACGGCUGGCUGCUGGACCUCCAGAUGCUGGACGUGGACACGUCUACCUAUAUACCCAACGGGGAGUGGGACCUCGUGGGAGUCCCAGCCAAGCGUAAUGAGCUGUACUAUGACUGCUGUAAGGAGCCCUACCCUGACGUCACCUUCACGGUCACCAUGCGAAGACGAACCCUCUACUACGGUCUCAACCUUCUCAUCCCCUGUGUCCUCAUCUCUGGCCUGGCCCUGCUGGUCUUCCUGCUGCCCGCCGACUCUGGAGAGAAGAUCUCCCUGGGUAUCACAGUCUUGCUCUCUCUAACAGUCUUCAUGCUACUGGUUGCUGAGAUCAUGCCUGCCACCUCAGACUCUGUGCCUCUCAUCGCUCAGUACUUUGCCAGCACCAUGAUGAUAGUGGGUCUGUCUGUAGUGGUGACUGUUCUGGUCCUGCAGUUUCAUCACCAUGACCCUCAGGGCGGAAAAAUGCCCAGAUGGGUCAGGGUAGUGCUGUUGAACUGGUGUGCUUGGUUCCUGCGUAUGAAACAGCCGGGCGAGGAGCGUAAACCAGCAGGCUACAAGUACCGCCACACUCCACAGCACCACUCCAGCGCCAGCUCCAUCGAGAUGGGACCCAUGGGCACCAUGACGGGCCUCACCACGCCCCUCUCCCAGGCCCCCUGCGCCACAUGCCCCACCGGCACCUCCAACGGCAGCAUGAGCCUCUACUUCAGCUACCAUGCCAUGGAAAGCCCCCGGUGCCCCCCCUCCAGCGAUUCAGGCGUUGCGUUGGGGGGGCGGGCCCAAGGGACCCCCUGCGGGGAGGCUGAGCCCCCAGGGGGAGGUGCUGGAGGAGGAGGAAGGGGGUUGAUCUUUACUCCUCCUCCGGAGGUCCUUCAGAUCCUGGAGGAGGUGUCGUAUAUUGCCCAGCGCUUCAGGGACCAGGAUGAGGAAGUGGCGAUCUGCAGCGAGUGGAAGUUUGCUGCUGCCGUGGUGGACAGACUGUGUCUGGUGGCCUUCACUCUCUUCUCCAUCGUCGGCACCUUCACCAUUCUCAUGUCUGCUCCCAACUUCUUAGAGGCCGUCACCAAGGACUAUUUAAAGAAAUAGUGUCAAUAUGUUCAACCAUAUAUGCCAGUUUCCCGGACACAGAUUAAGCCUAGGCCCGGACUAAGAACCACUUAGCAUGCUUUUUAGUACACGACUAGGCUUUCUCUGUGUAUGGGAAACCAACCUUAUGUUCUAUCCAGAUUACUCUGGAGUAUAUUUGAGAAAAAUUGAUUUCAUGUAAAUAGAUGUAUACUAUAGAUGUAUCAAUGCAAGGGUUGUCCAUAGUCCCUUUCCUCUCCUUAGAUCCAGCUUAACUGAGGUUGUUCCUGUGUGUUGCCUUGCCAUCCAGAUAUCUCAUUAUAAUAUCAACUCGCCGUUUGAACUUUUGGAUUCCUGGACCUCCAAUCCACGACCUUUAGAACUUUGAACACUCUUGGACGUUCUGGACUGUUGUCAGCAUUAUGUAGUGUGGUUAAGGUAACUGUCUAUAUACAGAGAUGUUUCACUGUGACUUUAUGAGCUUCUUAUUGUUUUUCGACUGUUUUACUUUCACUAUAUUGUAAGUUUGUAUGUACACACCGUUUACUUUUUGAUGGUCGAAGCUAAAUAGCAUCUAACUCUGUCACGGUUGUAGAAGUGAUGUGUUCUCUUGGUCCCAGUUGACAUUGUUGUCACGGUAGUAACUGCUUGACGUUGACGGUGCCACUGUGAAAACCUGGAAUGAUUCAUAGACAGAAUAGUGACAUCGUCAUGUAAGACUCACCUGCACAUUAGAAGAGGAAUCAGCCUGCAACAACCUGAAACAACAAGAGCUAUUGAAACAAGCAACUGGACAAGUGGAUACUGAAGAUCUGCACUGGCUGCUAGCCUGAAACAACUCCUGCUGAGACUGGGCCUGUGCUAAUAUGGACACGUAAUCCCACCAUAUAUUGGAGAAUUACUGUAGAUCCAUUAUUGAUCCAUUAUCCAUCUGUUAUUAUUAGUAGGUGUAAUCAGUUUAUAUGACAUAAAUGUAUCUGUGCUGCAUAUAGGGGAAUGGAUAUGGUGGUGUUACAUUAACAUGGAGGAUCUCUGUGUCUGCCUGUUGUGAUGAUCUCUAACCUAAAUGUAAAGGUUAAAUGGAGAACACAACAACCUCAGGGAGGUUAUUAUGACUAAAGAUCAAGAUAUUCUUCCUGUUGAUAUUGAUUGAAACAUAAUGUGGUUUUACUAAUUAGGCAUAAAGACCAUGGUAUAUGGAAGCCCUCAGGCCAGACAGUCGAUACUGUAAGUAACUGAACUAAACUGCCUGUCAUGUUAGAGAGUUAGUCCGUGAGUUAGUCCGUGCAUCUACGUUUUUCUAUGAAUUAUCAUUGUUACUGUAUACUGAACAUACCCCCCCAACCCACAGUCAGAGUCCUCCUCUGUUGUAGCUGUUGUCGUCACACUGCUGUCCUCUUCUUCCUGUGAUUUUUUUGCUCUUACCUAAUAAAUAUCCCAUAUAGCCUA